AUGGAUAUUGAUCAAGAAACGCAGCCUGCUCAGCUGGCUCUAUCGUCUCUGGCCAAAGGGAAAGGAAAGGCUGUCGACCGGCAGGAAGAUGAGAAUUUGCCAUGGGUUGAGAAAUAUCGUCCGGUGACAUUGGACGACGUUGUUUCACAUAAGGAUAUCACGAGCACUAUUGAGAAAUUUAUUGAGAAGAACCGACUGCCGCAUCUCUUGUUCUAUGGACCUCCCGGUACUGGAAAGACGUCGACGAUCUUAGCUGUGGCACGCCGAAUAUAUGGCCCAGGGUUCCGAAAACAAAUACUGGAGCUAAAUGCAUCAGAUGAUCGUGGAAUCGACGUUGUGCGCGAGCAGAUCAAGCAAUUCGCCGAGACACGCACUCUAUUUGCGAAAGGCUACAAACUCAUCAUUCUCGAUGAAGCCGACAUGAUGACGACCGCUGCCCAAGCUGCAUUGCGCAGGGUAAUUGAGCAGUACACGAAAAACGUCCGAUUUUGCAUUAUUUGUAACUACGUCAACAAGAUCAUCCCCGCUAUCCAGAGUCGGUGUACACGAUUUCGGUUCUCGCCUUUACCAAUACCCGAAGUUGAGAAGCGUGUCGACCACGUCGUUCAGUCAGAACAGGUGAACCUGACUGAAGACGGAAAGAAAGCACUCCUGAAGCUGUCAAAAGGGGACAUGCGAAGAGCGCUGAACGUUCUUCAGGCAUGUCACGCAGCAUAUGAUCUCACAAGCGAAAUGGAGGUAUAUACCUGCACCGGUAAUCCACAUCCCUCAGACAUCGAAACCGUCGUCCAUUCCAUGAUGGCGGACGAGUUCACAACCUCAUACCAAAUGAUCAGUGCUCUGAAAACCGAACGUGGUCUUGCACUUCAAGAUCUUUUGGUAGGAGCGUAUGAAUACAUUGAGACCAUUGAGUUGCCCCCCGCGGCGCGAGUUUAUCUAUUGGAUCACCUUGCCACGACAGAACAUCGCCUAGCCGGAGGCGCGAGCGAAAAAAUGCAACUAACUGCUCUGCUGGGCGCAUUCAAGAACGCAGUGGAACUGACGCAGAAAGACACAUAA